CUGUUUGCCAAAUUCCAAAGAUUAUCACUCUGUAAAUGUGUUCUGAAAGUAUUGCUGGAAGAAAUAAGCUUUCCACUAACAUCUGAAAAGAAUUGGCAUGAGGCAAAUUCAGUGAUUAAAUAGAAUCGAACAACGACAGGAUGAAGACAAUUUUGUAUCUUAUUUACUUUGUGGUCCACUUACCUAAAUCUUUUUCACAAAGUAAUGAAGGAUGUGUACGUGAUCUGCUUAACAAUGUAGAUUUUCCUGGAAAUGACAUUGAAUCAGUCUAUGCACCAGACGUCAACUACUGUCAGAAAGUGUGCACCGAGGACAGCAGGUGUCAGUUUUUCACCUUUUUAACAAGAGAUUGGAACACAGACACCCGAAGGUUUUAUUGUUAUUUGAAGAGGACGACAACAGGACAACCAACUGUGAAAUCUAAUUUACAAAACGUUGUCUCAGGAUAUUCUCUGAAACACUGUGGGACACAAUCUCCCUGUUUUGAAACUGUUUAUGAUGGUUUGGACUUUCCAGGAAAUGACAUUCGUCAGUCUGUCGUUGAGAAUGAAGAGAGUUGUCAAAGAAAAUGUACAGCGGAAGCUGAUUGUCAGUUUUUCACCUUUGUAAAAGGAGAAUUUCACAAUGAUCGACAGCGCUUUCUUUGCUACCGCAAGAAAAGUGAAAGAGGAACUCCACCAAAAAUAACCAUUCUUCAGAAUGUCGUAUCUGGAUUUCCUUUAAGAGGAUGUGAAGGGUGUGCACGUGGUCUGCUUAUCGAUGUGGAUUUUCCUGGAAAUGACAUUGAAUCAGUCUAUGCACCAGAUGUCAACUACUGUCAGAAAGUGUGCACCGAGGAAAGCAGCUGUCAGUUUUUCACCUUUUUAACAAGAGAUUGGAACACAGACACUCGAAAGUUUUAUUGUUAUUUGAAGAGGACGACAACAGGACAACCAACUGUGAAAUCUAAUUUACAAAACGUUGUCUCAGGAUAUUCUCUGAAACACUGUGGGACACAAUCUCCCUGUUUUGAAACUGUUUAUGAUGGUUUGGACUUUCCAGGAAAUGACAUUCGUCAGUCUGUCGUUGAGAAUGAAGAGAGUUGUCAAAGAAAAUGUACAGCGGAAGCUGAUUGUCAGUUUUUCACCUUUGUAAAAGGAGAAUUUCACAAUGAUCGACAGCGCUUUCUUUGCUACCGCAAGAAAAGUGAAAGAGGAACUCCACCAAAAAUAACCAUUCUUCAGAAUGUCGUAUCUGGAUUUCCUUUAAGGGGAUGUGAAGGAUGUGUACGCAAUCUGCUUUCCAAUGUAGAUUUUCCUGGAAAUGACAUUGAAUCAGUCUAUGCACCAGACGUCAACUACUGUCAGAAAGUGUGCACUGAGAGCAGCCAAUGCCAGUUUUUCACCUUUUUAACAAGAGAUUGGAACACUAAUGACCGAAGGUUUUAUUGUUAUUUGAAGAGGACGACAACAGGACAGCCGACUGUGAAAUCUGAUUUACAAAACGUUGUCUCAGGAUAUUCUCUGGAACACUGCGGGACACAAUCUUCCUGUUUUGAAACUGUUUAUGAUGGUUUGGACUUCCCAGGAAAUGACAUUCGUCAGUCUGUCAUUGAGGAUGAAGAGAGCUGCCAGAGAAAAUGUACAGAGGAAUCUGAUUGCCAAUUUUUCACCUUUGUAAAAGGAGAAUUUCACAAUGAUCGACAGCGUUAUCUUUGCUACCGCAAGAAGAGUGAAAGGGGAACUCCACCAAGAAUAACUAUUCUUCAGAAUGUCGUCUCUGGAUUUUCUUUAAGGAAAUGUGGAGUCAAUAAUUCAGACUGAAAUUUGAGGAAUUAUGAGCAUCACACGCUUCCGUGCAAGGACAUGUUAAUGACCAUUCAUGUUGUGCCAUAUUUGUAUCUGCUUAGAUAUCACCAUGAAACUGAAACUCACCAACAGUUGUCUUUCCCUAACGAGACAGCAGAGCUAUGGUCUUCUAGGACGAUAACAGUUUUAUCUUAACUUUUGUUACAGUUGGUUCUGACAUGCAAUGGAAGAUGCUUUCUUUGCCAUGUUCAGUUAUAAAACAAUAAAGGCACUAUGUUAAGAAAA